AUGUCCUCCUCGCCAGGCUGCCACCGCCUGGGCGACUACCUGGAGGCGAUCAAGAAGGAUUUCGCGCGCGCCUGCAACGUGUACAAGAACAACUGUGACGACAACAACCACGGCAAGAGCUGCUUGAAGUACGCCAACUACAGGCUCGUCGGCAAAGGCAGCACGAUGGACAAAGCCGAGGCGCACCGCUACUACCGGCGGGGUUGCGAGGCGGGCUGCGGCAAGGCGUGCUUCGGCGUCGGUCUCGGUCUCACCUCGUCGAAGAGUGGCGUGACGCAGAACGUGACCGAGGGCCUGGCCUUCCUCUCCAGGGCGUGCGACAUGGGCACGGCCGACGGCUGCUACUUCGCCAGCGGGCUGUACAUCACCGGACGAGAGGAGCUGCCGCGCGACCUGCGCCGCGCCUUCCAGUUCGCCGUGCGCGCCUGCGAGCUGAAGAGCAUGGAGGCCUGCUCCAACGUGGCCCUCAUGUACGCCAGGGGCCACGGGGUCAAGAAGGACGACGCAGAGGCCGAGCGAUACCGAGCCAUCGUUGCUGACCACAACGAGCAGCUGAAGAGGCCCAGGGGCAUCGAGAUGGAGCAGGGCAUCAGGGACUGACCGCGAAUGAAGAGAGAGCGCUGCGUCUCGAAGCCCGUAGAGGAGUGUUCUACUGAAAUCACUACAGUCGAACUCGCACAUAUCGAAUCUGAAGGGGAUAACAAAAAAGUUCGAUAUAUAGGUAAUUCGAUCGAUGUAUAAAAUAAAAAUUUUAUGCAAAAAAUUUCGAGGGGGGAUUACUGCUGUUCGUUAUACACAAUAAUUCGUUAUAUACGUGUUCGAUAUAUGCGGGUUCGACUGUGUAGGAGACUCUGGCGCUGUUAUCGUUCAGUCAGUGAUGGAUUUAGUAAAUGUAUUUGUCUGGUCUUCGUGCUUGUGGCUUCGUACGUUCUUUCGGCUUUGUUCGCUGUGCUUUAUCCGCCUUGAUUGACCAAAAUCUUGAAACAAGCCCAUUUUAUUAAACGCGGAACGCAAUAUGACUCGGCACACUUUCGAAAUAACUGCGAAUUGUGGAAAUUGUAUUGCAAUAUUUUGUUGAAAGUGACUAGUCUUCAAAGUCGCAAAGCCCUUUGAAGUCAUACGGACGAAGUUUAGGCAAAUCUGGGCACUGUUACGUUUGGCCGAGUUGGGUUCCAAGCCGGGAGAAGAAGACGCCGGGAGAAGGAAGAACGUACUUUUAAUGCGGCAUGCUUGCCGAAAGAAGGUGUACAAAAAGAAGCGCCCACGGCGUGAUCCGCAGUCCUUUAUAAAGGAACGCCGUGAUCAAAGGGCGAGGGAAAACAUAUCAACGCACAUGCGCGAAACAGAUUAUCGUCUGGAACAGAUGAGCCAGACUUGGGCGCCGGCUGAUAAGCGGUGCGCAAACGCAACAGCCCCUCCCCACGGAAGAGCACCAAGGGGGUGAAGAAGGCUUCACACGCACUGGUUUUUGCGAAAGGUUCGUCGAAGACUUCGAUGUAACGGCACUUUCGGAGAUUUUCACCAGUUCAGCCGGCUGCGCGCUUGAUGGGCAGUUCCGAGGUGCACAGAAGCGCCAAAGUACUUGGCGACCGAUGUUCAAGGAUCCGGCGAAGUGACAUCUGACCGUCCGAGGACAGAUGACUCGGUGCUCGGUUUUCAAGUCGAAGGAUGCGUCCUUUACGGACGCGCGCAGGGUCCGGUGGUCUCUCAGGCCGAUGUGCGGAAAUGUGGAGUGCAUGGUGUGGCAGGA